GCUUGGAAUAAGGAAAUCCAGCCAGGCGCGUCCACGCGGCCAUCUUCGCGCGCGCGCACACACACACGUGCGCGCGCGUGUACACACACACACACACACACACACACACACACACACACACACAGGUCAAAAGUUGAUUCAUUCCCGAGAUCCCCCAGAAUCUUUUCUUCCUCUCUUUCCGGCAGCUCAGCUUCCAGUCAGGGUAGUAGUGAGGUUGGGGGCGUGGAGAGGCGGGGAGGGCGAGGCGAGGGAGGCGGGAGCCGGGUGCCGGUGCGUGCGGCGCCCGCUCCUGCCGGGUGAGUCCGGGCCGGGUUUUGCGCCGUGUCCCCCGGCUUGUCUCACGGCCUCCAGCCGCCGCCGCUGCCGUGUUUACUGAGCUCGCGCGUCCUGAUAUCACUCCGCUGGCAUGGAGGAGGAGGAGGAGGUGGAGGAGCGAGAGGAGGAGGAGGAGGCGGCGGCGGCGGCGGCGGCGGCGAGCAGUUGAUCAUUGUGAUGGUGGCAGGAGCAGCGGCGGCAGCGGCAGCCCAGCCGAGCGUUAGGGGCUGCUCUCCGCGCGGCGUUUUGCAAAGGACUUCACCGAUCUACUUUUGCAGUCGCCUCGGACUGUCCAUGUGUUUACUUCCCCCAGCCCGAGGAUUCGAUAUCUAGGUUCCUGUGAAAUGCAACUGAGCAGCCAAAGUACUUUGAGAACACGGGGCGGCAUAAACACCAAAACUUUUUUGUGGAAGGAAAUUGCAAUAAGCAAGCUUGCCGUUUUCCGAUGCGGUGUGGAGUGAGUGUGUGUCGCGCGUGUCCGCACUGGAGGCAUAUGCUUGUGUGUGUACAUGGGGUGUAUUUUUCGGUACGUAGGGAGAAAAUGCUUGCCAACCACCGGAAAUCUCCUGGAAUUUAUUAGAAAAUAAUGGAUUAUAAAAAGAAGGCAGGAGAGGAGCGGAUCUCCCCUUGAGUUGCAACCCGAUUUGCUGCUGGCUCAGUUUGUUGUGAUUCUUUUUGUUGAUAGGUGUCUGAUGGUAUUCUGAUAACACCCCCCCUUCUUUUUUCCCCCUCGAGCUUUACAGUUUAAAAAAAGGAAACAAAAAAAAACCUACCCCAAAAUCUCUCCCCCUUUUUUUCGCCCCGUCGAGAUCGCUGUUUCCAUCCAUGUGCUUGCGUCUCCCCCGCGUUCCACUUAAACUAUUUUAAUUCUUGGACCCAAGGAGGAGGCUGAUAGGGGGGUGGAUAAAAAAAAGUUCUUCCAAAAUAGUGUGCCCGGGGAGCAGGAUGGGGGAUUUCGCAGCCCCCGCUGCUGCCGCGAAUGGCAGUAGUAUUUGCAUCAACAGUAGCCUGAACAGCAGCCUCGGCGGGGCCGGGAUCGGUGUGAAUAAUACUCCCAAUAGUACUCCCGCUGCUCCGAGUAGCAAUCACCCCGCUGCCGGCUGCGGCGGCGGCGGCUCCGGGGGCCCCGGCGGCGGCUCAGCGGCCGUCCCUAAGCACAGCACCGUGGUGGAGCGGCUCCGCCAGCGCAUCGAGGGCUGCCGGCGGCACCACGUCAACUGCGAGAACAGGUAUCAGCAGGCUCAGGUGGAGCAGCUGGAGCUGGAGCGCCGGGACACUGUGAGCCUCUAUCAGCGGACCCUGGAGCAGAGAGCCAAGAAAUCCGGCGCCGGCACGGGCAAGCAGCAGCACCAGAGCAAACCCCAGCAAGAUGCGGAGGCUGCCUCGGCGGAGCAGAGGAACCACACGCUGAUCAUGCUUCAAGAGACCGUGAAAAGGAAGUUGGAAGGAGCUCGAUCACCACUUAAUGGAGACCAACAGAAUGGUGCUUGUGAUGGGAAUUUUUCUCCAACCAGCAAGAGAAUACGAAAGGACAUUCCCACAGGGAUGGAAACCAUCAACAUGCCGCUGCCUUCAGCUUCUCCUCUUCACCAACUUGACCUGAAGCCUUCUUUGCCCUUGCAGAAUAGCGGAAGUCACACGCCCGGGCUUCUAGAAGAUCUAAGUAAGAAUGGUAGACUCCCAGAGAUCAAACUUCCUGUUAAUGGUUGCAGUGACCUGGAGGAUAGCUUCACCAUCCUGCAGAGCAAGGACCUCAAGCAAGAGCCUCUAGAUGACCCUACUUGCAUAGACACAUCAGAAACGUCUCUUUCCAAUCAGAACAAGCUGUUCUCAGACAUUAACCUGAAUGACCAGGAGUGGCAAGAAUUAAUAGAUGAGUUGGCCAACACGGUUCCCGAAGAUGACAUACAGGACCUGUUCAACGAAGACUUUGAAGAGAAGAAGGAGCCAGAAUUCUCGCAGCCGGCGACCGAGACCCCUCUCUCCCAGGAGAGCGUGAGUGUGAAGAGCGACCCCUCUCACUCUCCUUUUGCACACGUCUCCAUGGGCUCUCCCCAGGCGAGGCCUUCUUCUUCGGGUCCUCCCUUUUCUACUGUCUCCACGGCCACUAGUUUACCUUCUGCUGCCAGCACUCCCGCAGCUCCAAACCCCGCCAGCUCACCAGCAAACUGUGCUGUCCAGUCCCCUCAAACUCCAAACCAAGCCCACACUCCGGGCCAAGCUCCACCUCGGCCUGGAAAUGGUUAUCUCCUUAAUCCGGCAGGAGUGACAGUGGCUGGUUCAGGGUCGGGCCCCAUGGCGGUGCCCAGCUCCGACAUGUCUCCAGCGGAACAGCUCAAGCAGAUGGCUGCGCAGCAGCAACAAAGGGCCAAACUCAUGCACCAGAAGCAGCAGCAGCAGCAGCAACAGCAGCAGCAGCAACAGCAACAGCAGCAGCAACAACAGCAACAGCAACACCAACAGCAGCAGCAGCAGCAGCAGCAACAGCAGCAACAUUCAAACCAGACUUCGAGUUGGUCUCCUCUAGGGCCUCCGUCCAGCCCCUACGGGGCAGCUUUCGCUGCAGAAAAACCAAAUAGCCCAAUGAUGUACCCCCAAGCCUUUAACAACCAAAACCCCAUAGUGCCUCCCAUGGCAAACAACCUGCAGAAGACGACAAUGAAUAACUACCUCCCUCAGAACCACAUGAAUAUGAUCAAUCAGCAGCCAAAUAACUUGGGUACAAACUCCUUGAACAAACAGCACAACAUUCUCACGUACGGCAACACUAAGCCUCUGACCCAUUUUAACGCAGACUUGAGUCAGAGGAUGACCCCGCCGAUGGCCAACGCCAACAAAAACCCCUUGAUGCCCUACAUCCAGCAGCAGCAGCCUCCGCCCCCGCCCCCGCCACAGCAGCCACCCCCGCCGCCGCCACCGUCUCAGCUCCAGGCUCCCCGCGCGCACCUGAGUGAGGAGCAGAAGCGCAUGCUCCUCCUGAAACAGAAAGGAGUGAUGAGCCAGCCCAUGGCUUACGCCGCGCUUCCGUCCCACGGUCAGGAACAGCACCCAGUUGGACUUCCCCGGACCACAGGCCCCAUGCAGUCCUCCGUGCCCCCAGGCUCGGGCGGCAUGGUCUCUGGAGCCAGUCCCGCGGGCCCUGGCUUCCUAGGCGGCCAGCCCCAGGCAGCCCUCAUGAAACAGAUGCUCAUUGAUCAGCGGGCCCAGUUGAUGGAGCAGCAGAAGCAACAGUUCCUGCGGGAGCAAAGGCAGCAGCAGCAGCAGCAGCAGAUUCUAGCCGAGCAGCAGCUGCAGCAAUCACAUUUACCCCGCCAGCACCUCCAACAGCAACGGAAUCCAUACCCAGUGCAGCAGGUCAAUCAGUUUCAAGGUUCUCCCCAGGAUAUAGCAGCCGUGAGAAGCCAAGCAGCCCUCCAGAGCAUUCGAACAUCACGGUUGAUGGCACAGAAUGCGGGCAUGAUGGGAAUGGGACCCUCCCAGAACCCAGGGACAAUGGCCACGGCAGCAGCCCAGUCGGAGAUGGGACUGGCCCCUUAUAGUAACACACCUACCAGCCAACCCGGAAUGUACAGUAUGAGCCCAGGAAUGACCCAAAUGUUGCAGCACCCAAACCAAAGUGGCAUGAGCAUCGCACACAACCAAGCCCAGGGGCCAAGGCAGCCCGCCUCCGGGCAAGGGGUUGGCAUGGUGAGUGGCUUUGGACAGAGCAUGCUGGUGAACUCGGCCAUCAGCCAACAGCACCAGCAGAUGAAAGGGCCCGUGAGCCAGGCUCUGCCGAGGCCCCAGGGCCCACCGAGGCUGCAGGGCAUCAUGGGCACGGUCCAGCAGGGAACGCAAAGCUGGCAACAGAGGAGCUUACAGGGGAUGCCUGGGAGGACUAGUGGAGAACUGGGAUCAUUCAACAACGGUGCGAGCUACCCACUUCAGGCUGGCCAGCCGAGGUUGACCAAGCAACACUUCCCACAGGGACUGGGCCAGGUUGUGGAUGCUAACACCGGCGCGGUGAGAACCCUCAACCCAGCUGCCAUGGGUCGGCAGAUGAUGCCACCGCUCCCGGGGCAGCAAGGCGGCGGCCAGGCCAGGCCGAUGGUCAUGUCCGGCCUAAGCCAGGGUGUCCCCGGCAUGCCAGCGUUCAGCCAGCCCCCGGCACAGCAGCAGAUGCCCAGUGGCAGCUUCGCCCCAAGCGGCCAGAGCCAGGCCUACGAGCGGAACCCCCCUCAGGACAUGGCGUACAAUUACAGCGGCGAAGCCGCCGGGGCUUCCUUCCCCGGCCUCUCGGACAGUGCAGACCUUGUGGACUCCAUCAUCAAAGGGGGGCCGGGGGAUGAGUGGAUGCAGGAGCUCGAUGAGUUGUUUGGGAACCCCUAGUCAAGAGGAGGCCCCAAGAGCCACAACUCUAGUGCUGAAAGCUUAAAACGUGAGAAAGAAACAGGAUGUUGAGCCAUCCCUGUUUUUCGUUUUUUUGACCCACGGAAACUGAGCAAAACUGCAGCUGGCCCACAGCGAAAGAUCCAGGUGCCAAUCGCAGCCCCCACUGGGCCUCGUUUCACCUGAUUUUCACACAGCACUCAAGACAACACGCCACGCAGGUCCCUGCUGCGAGAGAGGGAGACACACUGGAGGCAGGUGGGGAAGACAGAUCUGAAGCCCCUCGGCCCCGCACUCCCUGUGCCCGCCCGGCCCAGGGAGAGCUGCUCCAGCCCGUCACUCUGCUGCCCGGUGUGGGAUGUCCGUCAGCCCCUCCUGGCCCAGCUCCGGAGACCGCAGAGCCCGGGGCCGGGAAGAAUCCCACGGAGGCUGCUGGGUGGUGGCACAGGCCAAGAGCGCAGGUCAGAAGUGCGCUGAACUCUGGCUGGAAAGAGCUGUCAGGCGUCAAGACGUGCUACUGUGUUUGGAGGGUGGACACGAAGAACAGUGAGAUGUCACAGGGAGACUACAAAGGAUCUUACAAGCCUGUCUGCUGCCCGUGAUGACCCUCAGGAAUUUUAGAGGCGUUGCUGCUAGCUGCCUCUGAAGGAAAGCCACGUGAGCCUAGAGAAGGGUCUGUCCGGCAGUCCUGGGGGAGGCAGCCCUCUGCUGGUGACCGUGGUGGCGGUCCCCCGGGGCAGUUGGGCUGGAGCCUCCUGGGGCCUCAGUGCGAUACUGAUAACGUCCAGGCAGUUCACAUCUAUUUCCGGUGGCCACGGGGUGGAGAGACCCCGACUGGAUGCUGUGUCAUCUUUCCCCACACCCCUCCCCACCCUGUUCCUUCUUGCCUCCACCCCAUCCUGCCCCUGCUUUUCCUUACAGACUAUUCCAGAAGAAAUGAAGCUUUUGUCUUUAGGGGGCCUGGGCAGAAUCAGAAUAAACACAAGAACGUAGACCGUGCCUGAAAUGCAAAGGCAACACUGGAGUUUUUUUGCUCUAACAUGUAGUCGAGUGAAUAUUCUCUGCCCGGAACUGAGCAGGCCCCUCCGAUGUUCGACGUGAGUUUAUAGGAGCCACACCUGACACUUCUGGGACACCCUGGGAGGAAUGGCCCCGAUGGUCGCUGACUCUGGCUCCCUUUGGAAAAACCCCGGGGGUGUGGCUCUGAAAUUGGCCUUGCCCUUAAUCCCUACUCACUGGAAAGACAAAUCUAAAACACUGAGAGACAAGGAACUGAAAAAUCAAUUGCCCCACCUUACACAUUUUGAUGAUGAAAAGAAGGAAAAUACAAUUCCUCCCGUAUGGGCAAAGUAAUCCGCUCAGAAAGUCCUGUACAGUCGUUCUCUUUGUAAAUCACUCCAAUCUGCCCUAAGCGAAGUCUGUCGGAAGGGAUGACAACCUCUACCACUUCCUGUAAGGCUUGUCUUUUUAAUCCUUGCUGCUGUUCCCACUGUCCCGUUUUUGGAGGCCAUGUGGCAUAAUUAUUAUCCGGAGUAAGAAUGGCGUGUGCUUUUCUCCCACCACCCACCUGCUCUGUGUCCGAAAGGGUGGCUCCCUCUGUACGCUCACGUGCACCCCGCUGCGCCACACGUGUGCCAAGGCUGUGGGAGGCUGGGCUGGCUGUACUCAGAGGGAUCCCGAGAAGGGGGCUCGAAUGGGAAGCUGGGGCCAGAGGAUGGAGACAGGCAGGCAAGCAAACACUGCCCUUGGCUUGCUCGCCAAGUCCCAAGGUAGUGGAUCUCCUGAGCAAGGGGCAGGAUGGAGAGCAGGGGAGGCCGGGUGGGCGAGAGCCCAGGCAGAGGCUGUACCCUGGGAAGAGGUGGUGGCAGGCGACCGUAAGCCCCUUGCCUGGGGGAGGGGCCACCACCAGGGAAACUCUUGAGUGGAAACAGAUAAAAACCAAAAAAAACCAAAAAACAAAAAAAAUACACAAAGUAAACAAACAAGAAGACAGAAAGCAUAAUUACCUUUUUCUGAAAGGUACAGGAAACAAAUAUAUAAGCAAUGAUGAGAAACUGGGGGUGGCUGAUGGAGAGAAGGGGGCUCCAUUACCUUGUAAAAGCUUCCUCCAAAUGCUUAGUACUGGGACCAACUAAAUAGAGAGGUAGAUUUUAAUAAGGUCGUUUUGUUUUUGUUUUUGUUUUUGUUUUUACUACGGUGCUGAUGUAUAUGUAAUGUCUAAAAAAGUUAUUUGUAAAUAAGUUUUUACAAUACUGCAGAUAUCACUGGGUCUACUAUCUGUAAAAAAAUAUACAUAUAAAUAUAUAUAUACUGUUUGUUUAAAAUAGAGUAUUUUUAUUUCAUUCUUUAACUCAUCAUCACAGCAGUGGUAUCGCACUUCAGAUGACAUCUAAUGACUAAUUUGUACUGUAUGACCUAUGGCAACUUGCUCCAUUUUAUUCAGAUUUUUCUAGUUUUCUGUUUUUACUUUGUACAUUGAGCAUUGCUUAUUUCCUUUUAAGAAUUAUGUACAGAACUCGGAAAUGUAGAAAUGAAGUGAUGUUGACAUACCACUUUUAAAGAAAAGAAAACAAAUAAAAGAUCAUUAUCUGAAUCAA